CCCCGUGGAUACGUGACCUGUUGACGUCUUUUCCGGCUGAGUUCACGCAGACGAUGAAUUUGGACAGGUUUUCCGCAGCAUCUGCGCAGACUUAGCAAAGUCUGCGUAUCAUGAACGCACCCUCUAUCUUUGUGCCAGUGUUUUCUCAGAACAACAGAGAGUGAGACAGCAAAGAUGGCGGCUUCCUUUCUACGGGUAGGACGAGCGGUGGCUUUCAAGUGGGUGUCACUGGAGACCUUGGGACUCAGAGGGGCGGCACCAUCUGCAAGUCUUUGCACAAAAGUAGUGGAACCCAAGAAAAGUGGGAAAAAGAGGAAGGAACCUGAACUCCAAGAGAGGGCACAAGGUGAAGCAGUUGUUUCUGCCACCCCUGAAGUUACCAAAGAUUCCAUUGAGGGUAAAGUAAAUAGAAGUGCAACAGAGGAUUCCUUUCCUGAAACAGCAACUGUGGCAGAGGCAGUGGAUACACUACAGGAGGCAGCUGCACUCUCAGUUGAAAAUCCUGCCGAACCGGAGUUUGACAUCUCUACUUACAAGAAUCUCCAGCACCACAACUACACCACAUACACCUUUGCAGACUGUGACACCGAGAUGACCAAAUACAGGCUGCCACAACCCAGCUCAGGCAGACCCUCGCCCAGACACUAGGGCUACUGCUGCAGUUUAUAUAAAAACACAAAUGUAUGUAAUCUAACAGCAGUACCCUGCUUAAUUGUAGAUUGAGAAAAUAAAAUAAAUUCAUGCAA